UUCCAUAUCAACCAGAGGUUAUUUUACAAAAAACUCCGCCAAUUUGAGCAGCGGCCAGAGACCCUUGAUAAUAACGAAUCAUCCCCAAGCAUCUCAACGCCUCAAUCGGCUCGCAAAAUACAGAAAAUUGGCACUCAAAUCUUAUAUUUGUUGCCUGACUAUGCUAUAUUCCAUCGCCUGGUUGAACGCCUUGUAAAAGGUGCAAUCGCGACAGCGCAUCUUGCAAAGCAACUUGAGGAAGAUCUAAACAACACUAAAGCAGUUGAACAAGCACGACGAGAGCGUCAAAAUGUACUCCGCAUGGUUUGUCAGUCGGGAGGCGUCUUAUAUGCCCAUCAAGCGCGUCGGAUUUAUAAGAAACGCGAUGAGGAUGAGGUUCAAAAAGCGACAAGAGGCGUUAGAGCAGGCUCAAGAGCAGGAUCUUCGAAGACGCAAAAAGUUAGCAAAACGGCUUGCGAUUGA